UGGGGAAUUAGCACCGGGGACGGGCGCGCGCGCAGGUCCCCAGCACAUCUGGGCGAGAGCCGAGCCUCUGGAAGCGAGCGGGGCGCCGAGCGCCUGUCUGGAGCGUCAGAGCCACCGCGCAGCCGGAGCCCCUUCGAGACGCUCCGGGCUCACAUCUGGCACCGGGAGAAGGACGGCGCAGCGCGCAGCUGGACGCGGGGAGGGGGCGGCGGCUACACAGCUGGACCGAAGGGGGCGGGGUCGGUCCCAGCGACGGGCUGAGGGAAGGGCCGCGAGCCACCGGGACCUGAGCAUGGGACAGCGCGCCUGAAGGAGCAGCCCGGAGAAGAGGGCGACUGGGACCCCGAAAGGAAAAAAGAGACGGGUGAGAGCGGAGGAGGAAGAUGCAACUGACCCGCUGCUGCUUCGUGUUCCUAGUGCAGGGCAGCCUCUAUCUGGUCAUCUGUGGCCAAGAUGAUGGCCCCCCUGGCUCAGAGGACUCUGAGCAUGACGACCAUGAAGGCCAGCCUCGGCCCAGGGUGCCUCGGAAGCGAGGUCACAUCUCACCUAAGUCCCGCCCCUUGGCCAACUCUACACUUCUAGGGCUGCUGGCCCCACCUGGGGAGGUUUGGGGUGUCCUCGGGCAGUCCCCCAACCGCCCCAAGCAAAGCCCCCUACCCUCGACCAAGGUAAAAAAAAUAUUUGGAUGGGGUGAUUUCUACUCCAACAUCAAGACAGUGGCCCUGAACCUGCUGGUCACGGGGAAGAUUGUGGACCACGGCAACGGGACCUUCAGCGUCCACUUCCGUCACAACGCCACAGGCCAGGGUAACAUCUCCAUCAGCCUUGUGCCCCCCAGUAAAGCUGUAGAGUUCCACCAGGAACAGCAAAUCUUCAUCGAAGCCAAGGCCUCCAAAAUCUUCAACUGCCGGAUGGAGUGGGAGAAAGUAGACCGGGGCCGCCGGACCUCGCUCUGUACCCACGACCCAGCCAAGAUCUGUUCCCGAGAUCAUGCUCAGAGCUCGGCCACCUGGAGCUGCUCCCAGCCCUUUAAAGUUGUCUGUGUCUACAUUGCUUUCUACAGCACGGACUAUCGGCUGGUGCAGAAGGUGUGCCCAGAUUACAACUACCACAGUGAUACCCCCUAUUACCCAUCUGGGUGACCUAGAUGGGCCGCAGAAGCCUGUGCAGGAGGCCGGCUGUCUGGGCGCUGGGCAGGGAAAGGGAUGGGCCUCAGGAAGGGAGGGGUGGAGAGGACGAGAGGUCAGGUGGGGGAAGGGUCCCCAGUGCUGGCCCCAACCUGAGGUUAGAAUGUACUCAUUAUGGAGGAGGAAUGGGCUCUGGGCAGCCUUAGAGAGUUUUCCCACUGGUCCAAAGCUGACGCUGGGCCUUGAGGCCCCUGGGCGGGCAGGCCAGGUGGCCCCAGAUCAAGCCACAGAAAAGACCUUAACCCUUGGCUCUCUCUCUCUCUUCUUGCCAUUCGGAAAGAGGACAGCAGUGGACAAAGGGGUGUCCACUGUGUAGGUCAGGUAGACAACUUAGGAUGGACGGCUCAGUGGCUUCCUCCAAUGGGGCUGGCAGUGGGCAGCCCCUAGCCCCUUUCCUACACUGAGGCUGAAGUGGUGACCUCAUCCCUAUCCUCAGGUCUUUGCUGUCAUGACGACCUGUCACCAGCCAGGCCACCCCUUCUCCCUCCGAAACCCCUUCUCCCGCCAGCAUUCUGCCCUGCUGUCACCCUCUUGCUGAUGGCACGCCAUCCCGUCCUUCAGCCAAGACAGCACCUUUAGUUCCUUUUAGCAUGAAGGGCAGUGAGCCGAAGCCUGCCUGCGUGCUGCGUGCCCAUUCUCCGCCCUAAUCCCGCUGAGAGUGCUCCCUCCCCAGCCCGCUCCUCAUAUCAGACGGGGGACUCCGCAAUGGGAAUGGGGUUCCUUCUCUGGGCCGUGGGACUAUCAGCAGAGUGGGGCGCAGGAGGCUGGACUGUGUGGCCAUGCUGGAACUGUGCCCUAGUGUUGUCUGUGGGAUGGGGGGAGGGGUGGGAAGUCUUGUGAAAUGCCCUGUCACUUCUGUGUGCAGAGUCUUGUCCU